AUGUCCAUCUUUAUUCUUAUUUAUGUUGAUGAUAUCAUCAUCACCUCUUCGGUUCUGACUGCCAUUGAUGAGCUCCUUGCACUUUUGCGGAAUAAUUUUGCCAUCAAAGAUCUCGGUGACCUCAACUUCUUUCUCAGCACUAAGGUGAAACGACUACCAAAGUGUCUUCUUUCAUCUCAGCAGUGGUACAUACUUGAUUUACUAAAAACAAUGAAGAUGCUUGAAGCUAAGCCGAUAUCAUUUCCUAUGGCAUCGUCCCACUCUCUAUCAGCUUAUGAUAGUGAUCUCUUCCCUGAUACAACUCUCUUUCGAAGCAUUGUUGGAUCACUACAAUAUCUAUCGCUCACUCGACCUGACUUGGAAUUUGCCAUUAAUUGUGUGUGCCAAUUUAUGCAUCGCCCAACCAAGUUACACUAG